UCCGAUCUUCAGAAUUCUCUAUAUUCACUCACACCUCUCUCUCUCUCUCUCCGUCUCAAUCUCCGUUUUAAGUUUGGCCAUCUGUUUAUUACAUAUAAGGAAAAGAAAGAAGGACAUAACAAUAAUGUCAGGUUUUGACGGCUUUGAAAAUCAAAUGAACGGUCCAGAUUCAUCACCUCGUCUCCCUCAAGAUCAUCGUGACCAGCCUUCCUCGUUAUUUUCAUCGUCUCCGUGUUUCCCAAUCACCCUCAAGUUCGUCGAUGUGUGUUACCGAGUGAAGAUCCACGGCAAAUCCAGCGAUUCCUUGAAACUCAAGAGAUUGUUGGGACUCGAACACAAACCGUCCGAUGAGACUCCACCGACGGAGAGGACGAUACUUAGCGGCGUCACCGGAAUGGUGACACCUGGCGAGUUCAUGGCCGUUCUCGGACCAUCGGGGAGCGGUAAAUCGACGCUGCUAAACGCGGUCGCAGGGAGACUCCAUGGACCAGGCCUCACCGGAAAAAUACUCGCCAACGACGCCAAGCUAACGAAGCAGUCGUUGAAACUCACCGGCUUCGUGGCCCAAGACGACCUUCUUUACCCGCACUUGACGGUGCGGGAGACCUUAGUGUUCGUCGCCCUCCUCCGCCUCCCCCGAAGCCUCACGAGAGACGACAAGAUCAAAGCCGCCGAGGCCGUGAUCUCCGAGCUCGGGCUCGCGAAAUGCGAGAACACGGUGGUGGGCAACACGUUCAUCAGAGGGAUCUCGGGUGGCGAGAGGAAACGUGUGAGCAUCGCUCACGAGCUGCUCAUCAACCCGAGCCUGCUCGUUUUGGACGAGCCGACGUCGGGGCUCGACGCGACGGCGGCUCUGAGGCUGGUCCAGACGCUGGCUGGGUUGGCUCGUGGGAAAGGGAAGACGGUGGUGACGUCGAUUCACCAGCCGUCGAGCCGUGCGUUUCAGAUGUUUGACACCGUGCUGCUUCUGAGCGAGGGGAGGUGUUUGUUCGUCGGGAAAGGGAGAGACGCCAUGGCUUACUUCGAGUCCGUCGGAUUCUCGCCGGCGUUUCCGAUGAAUCCGGCUGACUUCCUUCUUGAUCUUGCUAACGGUGUGUGUCAGAUUGACGGUAUAACGGAGCAGGAAAAACCAGACGCGAGACAAACACUAGCCAUUGCUUACGACACAUUGCUAGCCCCAAACGUCAGAGCUUGCAUCGACGCGUCACCUUCUCCCGCAGAGAAUGCACGUUUUGUGAAAACGAGAAAAAACGCUCGUGGAAUAAUGUCCGGUCUUGCGACAUGGUCUAGUCAGCUAUGCAUCCUCCUCCACAGACUUAUAAAAGAGCGCCGCCACGAAUCUUUUGAUGCACUUCGCAUUUUCCAAGUCCUCGCAGCUUCACUGCUUUGUAGUCUCAUGUGGUGGCACUCAGAUUAUCGAGACGUGCACGACCGACUAGGACUACUCUUCUUCGUAUCUAUUUUCUGGGGGGUACUUCCGUCAUUUAACGCUGUCUUCACUUUUCCGCAAGAACGAGCGAUUUUCACUCGAGAACGGGCGUCUGGUAUGUACACACUCUCGUCUUACUUCAUGGCUCACGUCAUCGGAUCGCUCACCAUGGAACUCGUUCUCCCGGCAGCGUUCUUGACGCUAACUUACUGGAUGGUCGGUCUACGUCCAGGACUAAUUCCUUUCCUCCUCACCCUUUCCGUGCUAUUGCUAUACGUCUUAGCCUCACAGGGACUCGGACUUGCCUUAGGCGCAGCUAUCAUGGACGCUAAAAAAGCCUCCACGAUCGUGACAGUGACAAUGCUAGCGUUUGUUUUAACCGGCGGUUACUAUGUUAACAAAGUGCCAUCAGGCAUGGUGUGGAUGAAAUACGUUUCCACGACGUUUUAUUGUUACCGUCUAUUAAUAGCGGUUCAGUACGGAAAUGGCGAUGAGAUAUUGGCGAUGGUUGGAUGCAAGCCAAAGGGAACGCAAGGAGCGGCAAAGACGGCUGGGUGUCGGUUUAUGGAGGAGGAAGUGAUCGGAGACAUUGGAUUGUGGACGAGCGUUAGCGCUUUGUUCUUCAUGUUUGUUGGUUAUAGAGUAUUGGCGUAUUUGGCCUUGAGGCGUAUUAAACUAUAAAUGAGAGGUGAGAGGGAAAAUUAUUUGAAUAAAUAAUGAGUGGGUAUAAAUUAAUUUCUAGGCUUUAUAAUUUCUAGUUAACUCAGUUUGUUCGAUUUUUCUUUUGAACAUGUGAAAACAAAAAUGACUAGUUCUUUUAGUUGAUUUAUAAUAAAUGUAUAUUUCAUCUA